AUGCGACCAGAAAGUAAUGCUCUCUUUGUGAGCAAAAUUGAACCGGACUUUUACAUCGUCGAUACAUGGGAGGUGGCAGAAGUGAAUGCGACACAGAUAGCCGACGCCUUCAUCAUGUGCGGUGUGCUGUAUGGAUUGGAGAAUGCGACCACGAGAGAUUCACGAAUUAGUUUUGCUUACGAUUUAUUCAGUUCACGGUUCCUAAGACUGCAUUGA